UUCUGAAACGAGAAACCCUUUGAUCUCCUCCUCCUCCGCGGAGGCUCAUGGCCGCCGCCGCCGCCGCCGCCGCCCGGUCCCGCGCCGCCGUCACUUGUGCCGCGUGGGUCCGCCUUCUCUCCCAGCGGUCCAAUCCUCUCGCCUCCUCCACCCACCACCUACCCUCGCGGAUCGUCUCCCAACGCCGCCACUUCGCCUUCUCUGCCUCCUCCUCCUCCUCCUCCUCCGGCAGCUCUAGGCUCCAGAAGAUUCAGAGCGAGAGGGUCAUCCACGACCUCCUCGCGGAGCUCGACCGCGAGCGCCAGGAGGACCGCAAGGAUGCUGCCGCCGACGCCGACGACGACGACGAGGAGGAGGACUACCUGGGCGUCAAGCCACUCAUCGAGAAGCUCGAGCGCCGCAAAGCCAAGGAGGCGGCCUCGCCGGACGAUUCCUUCUGGGAGCCCACCGACUCCGACAGCGACGAGGAGGACGAGCGCUACACCCCUGACGCCAUCAAGCGCCGCGUCGACGAGUUCGAACGCAAGUGCAAGCGCCACGACGAGCUCCUACGCUCCUUCGCAGAGGCCGAAAACCUUGACGAUGCCCACAAAUGGAUGACCAAGAUCGACAGAUUUGAGGACCGCCAUUUGAAGCUUCCUUUGGAGUACAGAGUCAUUGGCGACAUGAUGAACCGCCUUAAGGAUGCCACCGGCAAAGACCGCUUUGUUCUCCUCCAAAAGCUUAACCGAGCCGUUAGAAUCAUGGAGUGCAAGGAAGCAUAUGACCCCAGCAACCCCUCCAAUUUCGGAGUCAUUAAGCAUCAGCAGGUCGGAUCUCCGGAGGAUCUAGUUCUCAAUGCUGGCUUUGAUAGGGAGAAGCAGAUGAUCCAAGGAGCAGGCGACGACGAAGACGAGGAGGAAUUCAAUGAAGACAAGGAGAAGGAUGAUCUGCUCAUCGAGAAGUUGAAUUUUAUCGAAAAGAAGAUCGAGGACAAGUUGGCAGAGUUGGAUCAUACUUUUGGUAAGAAAGGUAGAGUUCUAGAGGAGGAAAUUAAGGAUCUGGUUGAAGAGCGCAACUCCCUGACAGAACAUAAGAGGAGACCUAUGUACAGGAAAGGUUUUGACGUCAAGGUCAUCGAUGUUAAUCGGACAUGUAAAGUCACAAAGGGAGGCCAAAUAGCAAAAUUCACAGCAUUGUUAGCGACUGGAAACUACCAUGGUGUUGUAGGAUUUGCAAAAGCUAGGGGUCCAACAGCCAAGAUUGCAAUUCAAAGGGCUUACGAGAAAUGCUUCCAGGACCUCCAUUACAUGGAGCGAUACAAGGACCACACAAUUGCUCAUGCAAUUCAGGCCAAAUAUGAGAAGACAAAGAUAUACCUCUGGCCUGGACCGAUGAGAAGUGGAAUGUCUGCUGCUGGUAGGACUGUGGAAACAGUGCUGUAUUUAGCUGGAUUCAGCAAUGUCAAGUCAAAGAUUAUUGGUUCAAGAAACCCCCUUAAUGUUAUCAAAGCUCUCUUCAUAGCAUUGAACGCGAUUGAGACGCCAAAGGAUGUUGAGCAGAAGUUUGGGCGGACUGUUGUUGAGUCAUACUUAUUGUAGUCAUCUGUUUUGUUUUGAGAAGCUCUUGCUGGUCUACUCUGGCUGUGGAGAUGGGCGUUCAAACAAAGAGCAAAUUGCGAAUCUAACCAUGAUUUGUUUGGCUGUUGGUUUGUGUACCUUGCCCUGCAACCGCAAAGGAGCAACUCACUCACUGUAUUUUUUUGAGUUGAUCGAUCGAUGCUGAGUGCCAACGGCGGAUAAAUAGCAAGAGAAGCAUUUGGUUGAUGAUUGUUGCAUAAGGUUAAGUUGCCUGUUGGUAUGAAUCGCUGAAUUGGAUUUGUAACCAGAGAGAGGCUCUGCCUCACGCGUACUGUUAGUUAUGGACUUGAAAGAAUAAAGUCCUUGAUCCUGUGUAGCUACUCCUACUUGAUUGAUGUAGUAUUCAUCUCCGGAUAGUUGUACAAACAAGAGCAAAAGCAAA